CACGGCGCAUGUGCUGAGCUCGUGCCCGUUUGGAGCCGGUGGACAUAAACCCGCGCGCUUCGUGACACGCAUCAUCUGCUCGCGCGCAGUGCCGUUUUUUUCUCUUUACCGCAGUGCAUCUGCAGCAUCCUCUGCGCGCGCGCGGCUGAUCCUCGCGGAAGCGAGCUGCGCGCGGACGCCUUUUUUUUCCAUCCCUGGUUGCGUACCUUAGACGAUGAGCGCGCGAACGGAACGUCGCCUCCACGCGCACGAGGUCGUGAGAUAAGCGACUGUUUUCAGGCCGGGAAGCCCGCUUUAAACCGACAGGUUCGGUUCUGAACGCGUAGCGGUGCUGAGGCAGCGGAUGCUGAAGGAUGUUGUUGUGUUCCACGUGAGCAUCGGGACCUCAGGGACGAGCUUCCUCUGAUCUCGGGAUCUGGAUUGUUCUUUUGAUGGGAGUCCGCGUCUGAAACCUGGUUUGAGCCAAAGACCUGAACCAGCUGAGGAAGACGACUGUGAGGAAGGCCCAUGCAAACUCAGCCUCGUGCGUGUUUGCUCCCGUGCUGCAGAUGAGCGCUUUUCCUCCUCAAAGCUGUGCAAACAUCAUUUGUAUUAAAGCCGUCCAGUUUAUGAGCGUCAUAAAUCCUCCAGCUGUCCUGUAACCUGGAGACAUGGCACCCGUGCACCUGCUGCUCCUCGCCCUCCUCUGGCCUCUGAUCGACCAGGGCGAUGGCGCCUGUGCAGAAGUGGACUCUGACACAGAGGCCGUGGCGGGUCGUGGCUUCAAGCUGGGCUGCAUCUCCUGCAAGAGGAGGAGCGAGGUGGAGGGGUUCGCCACCGUGGAGUGGUACUUCAGGCCCACAGGAGAGUCGGACUUUUCUCCGAUCUACAGCUACAACGAAGGCGUCGCCACAAUCGAACACGAUGACUUCUCCGAGCGCAUCGACUGGAAUGGGAGCAAGAGGAGCAAUGACAUCCAGGACGCCUCCAUCUACCUGCUGAACGUCACCUUCAACGACUCGGGCACCUACCGCUGCUUCUUCCACCGCACGCUCAGCUACGACAACAACUUCAGCAAAAAAGUCGUGGUGGACAAGGUGGUCCACCUGACGGUGGUGGCAAAAGCUACCAGGGGAACGGCGUCCAUCGUGUCGGAGGUCAUGAUGUACGUGUCCAUCAUCGGCCUGCAGGUCUGGCUCCUCAUAGAGAUGAUAUACUGCUACAGGAAGAUUGCGGCGGCGGGUGAAGAAGCGCUUCGAGAGGCAGCGAACGCGGAGUAUUUAGCAAUAGCUUCAGAGAGCAAAGAUAACUGUGCGGGCGUGCAAGUCGGAGAAUAGCACAGGCUUUCUCCACGGCCUGAACCCCUCCUUCCAGACUCUGACCAGCAUGACGACAGCCUGGGCCGAUUCCUCCACCUCACCUCAAGCACCUCCAGGCAGACAGCAUGGUACCAGCAAGCCCUGUACAUACGCUCUGCCUGUCCAAGCAUGUUCUGCACUUAUGUAGGCAAACAUUAUGCAUCAAUGAGCCACACCGUCAGACACAGGCACAGGGGAUGUUGACGGUUCCAGCCAGUUACUUUCUACUGAUCACCACCACAGCAAUGUAAAAAAACACAUCCACCACACGUCCUGUACUCCCAUCGAUUGUCUCUAUGGUAGGAUGUUAUGGAGUGUAUUUCCAGUUGAUAGAUGUACAAUGAGUGACAAAUAAAAACUAAAAAAUGA